CCACAGUUCGGCAAAUCUGAUACGACUCAAGACUCAUAAACAGAGUAAAGGGCAGACGAAGCUUUCUCCUCUCCUCACCAAGCAAGAAGGCCAUGGCUUCAGCCUCCCCUCGGCACAGCUUCCUCACAGGCAACCCCGUCUCCCCAAGUCCCAAGCCCGCAAGGAAGUUGCUCCCACCCCAACUGCUCUCAUGCCGGUCUUCCAUGGAAAAAGAAUCGGAGCCGCCUGGCAGAAGUGAGAUGAAGUUGGCUAAACUGGCGAUUGUCACGGUGGCGGCUGGUGUGCUAACACUUGGGUCCGUCCAUGAAGCCAUGGCCGCGAAGUCCGGUGGCAGAGUUGGAGGUCAGGCCUUCCGGUCAGCAGCACCAAGGCCGUCAGCUCCGCGAAUUAACAAUUCAAGGACUAAUGUAUUCAUCAACCCACCAGUGGCACCGCCUCUUGCUGGUGGGUAUGGCUAUGGGGUACCAUUCUACGGUGGUGGAUGGGGCUGGUCUCCUUUCACGUUCUUUGCACCAGGGCCCAGCGUUGCGGUGGGCAUUGGAGGAGGCUUUGAAGUAUUUGCCGCACUCUUAGUGCUUGGGGCGAUUACAACCGUUAUUAGAAGAUUUACAGGGCGGGGAGAAGAUGAUGAAGAUGACUACUACUGAUGAUGCUAUGCCAUCAUUUUCUGUUGCCACGGCUGUAUUAAAGUGACACCAAAAACCACCCCGUUUUUUUGUAUUCAUGAUUAAUAUCCCUCUCUACACUUGAAAAAUGUAUUAUAAGGGAAGUAGUUUCUGUUAGAAUAAUUUUAAAAUAUGAGCUUCCACUUAUUACGUAUUUUUGUUUU